AUGCCAAACGUGAAGGGAGCAGCGGGAACAAUGUGUAACUUGGCCAGCUCUAUAAGCUCAUGGCUCGUUGCUUAUUUCUUCAGUUUCUUGCUUCAGUGGAGUUCCACAGAAGAAGGUUUAUUCGUACCUUUGCCUUCUGAAUCUUCUACUUCACUUCUGUCUGAAAUAUCAAAUGCCUCCACGAGAGCUUUUGUUCUUGCUUUCACUGUCGGUUCUUGCGGCGCCUUUGCCUUUGGAUGCAUUAUCGGAUAUUCGGCUCCUACACAGUCUGGCAUCAUGAAAGACUUGAAUCUCUCCAUAGCUGAUGCAAUAUUCACUUUUUGGAUCGAUAUUGACGGUGGGGCUAGUCCUUGGAGCAUUAAUCUGUGGAAAAUUAACAGAUUUGGUUGGCCGUGUCUACGGUGUUUGGCUGCUCGAUCUUGGGAGGGACCGGUUUACAUCACCGAAAUAGCACCAAGAAACUUGCGCGGAGCUGCUUCUUCCAUGGCGCAGUUAUUCGCGGGCGUUGGUAUAUCAGUCUUUUAUGCACUUGGAACAGUAGUUUCUUGGCGCAAUUUAGCCAUUUUAGGAUCUAUACCUUCACUAAUGGUUCUGCCUCUCCUUUUUUUCAUCCCCGAAUCUCCUAGAUGGCUAGCUAAAGUUGGUAGGGAAAAGGAGGUUGAGGCGGUUUUGUUAAGCCUGCGAGGAGAAACAUAUGAUGUAUCAGAUGAAGCAACAGAGAUAUUAGAAUAUACAGAACACGCUAAACAACAACAAGAUAUCGACGGGCAUGGCUUCUUCAAGCUAUUUCAGCGAAAAUAUGCGUUUUCACUUACUAUUGGAGUUGUUCUUAUAGCUUUGCCUCAGCUUGGAGGUCUUAACGGUUAUUCUUUUUACACUGACUCCAUUUUCACCUCUACCGGUGUAUCAAGUGACUUUGGAUUCAUGUCAAUAUCUGUUGUUCAGAUGUUAGGAGGCAUUUUAGGUACUGUACUUAUUGAUGUAUCUGGAAGACGUACGCUUCUACUGGAGAACCGUUGCUGGGAAACGGAAACACCUAUCUUGGCUCUCUUUAGUGUAUUUUGGAUCAUAUGGGCUAGGCAUGGGAUCAAUACCAUGGAUCAUAGCAUCAGAGUGAGUGGCCUUGGAUUUGUGUUCAUAGCCAAGCUUGUUCCAGAGACCAAAGGCAAAUCUUUAGAAGAAAUUCAAUCUCUUUUCACUGAUUGUCCUACUCAAUAUUCUAUAGUUGGAUAUUCGGCUCCUACACAGUCGGGUAUCAUGAAAGACUUGAAUCUCUCAUAUUCGCUCUUUGGGUCGAUAUUAACGGUGGGGAUAAUCAUUGGGGCAUUAAUCAGUGGGAAACUCACAGAUAUGGUUGGUCGUAUCUACGAUAUUUGGAUGCUCGAUAGCGGAAGGUUAUUGCAUGGGAUUGCACUCGGAAUUAGCAUAUACGUGGGGCCGAUUUACAUUACUGAGAUAACACCAAGAAACUUGAGAGGAGCUGUCUCUUCAUUCACCCAGUUAUUUGCGAUCCUUGGCUCAUCGGCCUUUUAUGCACUUGGAACAGUCGUUGCUUGGCGCAAAUUAGCCAUUUUGGGAGCUAUUCCUUUUCUUGUGAUUGUUCCUCUUCUUUUCUGUAUCCCCGAAUCUCCUCGAUGGCUAGCUAAAGUAGGGAGGGAGAAAGAGGUUAAAGCGGUUUUGCUAAGGCUGCGAGGAGAAGAAACUGAUAUCUCAGAUGAAGCAAAAGAGAUAUUAGAAUAUACAGAACAUGUUAAACAGCAAGAAGAUGGCGACCGAGGUUUCUUUAAGCUGUUCCAGCGAAAAUAUGCGUUCUCGCUUACUAUUGGAGUUACUCUUAUAGCUUUGCCUGAUCUUGGAGGACUAACUGGUUAUAGCUUAUACACCGAUUCCAUUUUCACCUCUACCGGUGUAUCAAGCGACUUUGGAUUCAUAACGACAUCUCUAGUUCAGGAGAAUCAUUGUUGGGAAACAGGAACACCUAUCUUGGCUCUCAUUAGUGUUCUGUUGUAUUUCGCAUCAUACGGAAUAGGCAUGUCAUCAAUACCAUGGCUCAUAGCAUCAGAGAUUUAUCCAGUGGACGUUAAGGGAGCAGCAGGAACAGUCUGUAACUUGAUCGGCUCUAUAAGCUCAUGGCUCGUUGCUUACUCCUUCAAUUUUUUGCUUCAAUGGAGUUCCACAGGAAUAUUUCUCAUAUAUGCCACAGUAUCUGGCCUUGGACUUCUGUUCAUAGCUCAGUUUGUUCCAGAGACCAAAGGCAAAUCUCUAGAAGAAAUUCAAUCUUUUUUUGUUGAUUCUCCUUUUGAAGAAACUACAUCCUAAAAGUUCCCCCAAAUUAUAUUAAAUGAAAUUUGUAAACAAAAUAACGUUUUUUAUAAUAAAAUAUCUGUAAACAUUAA